AUGGAUUCCGAUGACGAAAGCUUCGGGGAGCACGAUUCAGGAAAUGUGUCCAGCGGGGACGACGAUUUUGCCAUGGACGUGGACAUAAAUAAUCCACGGGACCGCGGCCAGGAAACCGAUGAAUAUCCGUACGACGUACUUACGACCGAUGAAAUCGUUCAGCAUAUGGUCGACUGCAUCAAGGACGUAAAUACGGUAGUGGAGAUACCAGCCACCAUCACUCGUAUUCUAUUAAACCACUUCAAGUGGGAUAAGGAAAAGCUAAUGGAACGAUUUUACGACGGCGAUCAGGAUAAACUAUUCAAGGAUGCGCAUGUCAUCAAUCCCUUCCGAAAGCAAAGUUUAGCGCUCAAGCCAAAGAUAAAAAAAUCCAGAACAGAGGAUUGUGAAAUUUGCUACUCGACGUUCCCUCCCAGCAUGAUGACCGGUCUGGAAUGCGGACAUCGUUUCUGUACGCAAUGCUGGCAAGAGUACCUGACGACAAAGAUCGUGGAAGAGGGGCUCGGUCAAUCGAUAGCGUGCGCGGCUCAUGCAUGUGAUAUUUUGGUCGAUGAUGAAACUGUAAUGCGAUUGGUGCAGGAUUCACGAGUGAGACUCAAAUACCAGCAUCUUAUCACCAACAGUUUUGUGGAGUGUAAUCGUUUGUUACGAUGGUGCCCAUCGGCCGAUUGUACCUACGCUAUUAAGGUGCAGUACGUUGAUCCCCGCCCAGUCGUCUGCAAGUGCAACCAUGUGUUCUGCUUUGAGUGUGGGGAAAACUGGCAUGAUCCGGUGCAGUGUCGGUUACUGAAAAAAUGGAUUAAAAAGUGUGAUGACGAUUCCGAAACUUCCAAUUGGAUUGCCGCCAAUACAAAGGAAUGUCCGAAGUGUAACGUAACAAUUGAAAAGGACGGCGGUUGCAAUCACAUGGUAUGCAAAAAUCAAAAUUGUAAACACGAUUUUUGCUGGGUGUGUCUUGGAUCCUGGGAACCACACGGUUCAUCCUGGUAUAAUUGUAACCGAUAUGACGAAGAUGAAGCGCGUGCGGCUCGUGAUGCUCAGGAAAAACUGCGUUCAACAUUGGCAAGAUAUCUCCACUAUUAUAACCGUUACAUCAACCAUAUGCAGUCUCUUAAAUUUGAGCAUAAGUUGUAUGCGGCUGUCAAAGAAAAGAUGGAAGAAAUGCAACAGCAUAACAUGUCUUGGAUUGAGGUUCAGUUUUUGAAGAAAGCCGUCGACAUUCUUUGUCAAUGUCGCCAGACUCUGAUGUGCACCUAUGUGUUUGCUUACUAUCUUAAAAAGAACAAUCAGUCGCUAAUAUUUGAGGAAAAUCAAAAGGAUCUGGAGACGGCAACUGAAACGCUGUCGGAGUAUUUGGAGCGUGACAUUACGUCGGAAAAUUUGGCAGGCAUCAAACAGAAAGUACAGGACAAAUACAGAUACUGCGAGAAGCGACGAAAAGUGUUGCUGGACCACGUUCACGAAGGUUACGAGAAGGACUGGUGGGAAUACACCAAUUGAUGAUGAUGAAUUUGAGUCCGUUCUUUUUUUGGUGCGUUUGACUUAACGUAUAAAACAUCUAAUAAUUUAUUUACUUGAGUAACCACA